AUGACUGAAACAAUGGCAUUGAGUGGGAACUGUCGGACUCAGCCGGCGACCAAAGAACAGGGAUCUGUUCAGAAUAGUUUCCCCGAAGUGGUUGAGCUAAAUGUUGGUGGGCAAGUAUAUUACACUCGCCAUUCGACGCUCGUUGGCACGCCGAAUUCCCUCUUGGGAAAGAUAUUCUCCUCUAAAAAGGAUCCUUCUAAUGAUCUGGCAAGAGACCCCAAAGGGCGCUACUUCAUCGACAGAGACGGAUUUCUAUUUCGCUACGUAUUAGACUACCUCAGAGACAAACAAGUCGUUCUCCCCGACCAUUUCCCAGAAAAGGGCAGAUUGAGGAAAGAAGCGGAAUACUUUCAGCUGCCAGACUUGGUCAAGCUUUUAUCCCCGGACGACUUGAAACACAGUCCGGAUGAAUAUUGCCACAGUGAUUUUGAAGAUGGGUCGCAGGGUAGCGACCUACGGCCGUGUCCUCCACCUUCGCUGGUGCCAGCUGAUCGAAAGAGUGGCUUCAUCACCGUCGGCUACAGGGGCUCGUGCACGAUGGGGAGGGAAAGUCAGGCCGAUGCCAAGUUUCGGAGGGUACCGCGGAUUUUGAUAUGCGGGAGGAUUGCACUUGCCAAGGAAGUUUUUGGCGAGACGUUGAACGAAAGUCGAGACCCAGACAGGACACCGGACAGGUACACGUCAAGAUUUUACCUGAAGUUCAAACACCUGGAGAGAUCUUUUGACAUGUUGUCGGAAUGCGGUUUCCAGAUGGUCGCCUGCAAUUCGUCUGUCACAGCAUCCUUCGUCAAUCAACACACAGAAGACAAGAUUUGGUCAAGUUACACAGAAUACGUCUUUUACCGUGGCCCGUCGCGCUGGUCCUCCCCCAUGUGCGACUGCUGCUGUAAGCACCACAAGGGCGACGGCGAGGGUGAGAGCGGCACCUCCUUCAACGAGCUCUCCACCUCCAGCUCCGAGAGCCAAUCGGAGGCCAGCUCUCCACAGGGCACCGUCAUCCGCGGGCCAAUCAGCAGGCACCCGCACCUGCACCACCACCACCACAACGUGCAGACGCUGGACCGGCCGCUGAAGAAGGGCCCCGUGGCCAUGCUGCAGCAGUCGGAGCACCCGCACCGCCGCAAGAGCGACCUGAUGCGCACCCUCACCGGCAGCUCGCGCGACACCAGCAGCAGCGGAGGAGGAGGAGAGAGGGGCGAGCGAAAGAAGCGCGCCUCCAAGGAGACCAAGAUGACCAUCGAGGAGGAGCUGGACAAGUGCAUCCAGGACUUCCGCAAGAUCAAGAUCCCGGAGCGCUUCCCCGAGAGGAAGUACAAUUGGCAGGCCGAACUGCUGCGCAAGCACCGCCUCUGA